AUGGUGAAUUUUCAACCUGCCAAACCAAAAAGCGCGAUUUCUGCACGCAUUCACUCAGACCUACCGCCCUGCUUCCGUAUACCACGCAAGCCGGCAUGUGAUCGUCGCACGGUGCUCCUCCGUUACCCGGAAGCUCUGCCGCUAGGGGCCACAUCUCUUCUGCCGGUCGUGCUGUUUCCACUCAUGGGCAUCAUGGACUCCAGCAAGGUGUGCAUGGAAUACCUGAAGGACACCAACAUGCUCUUCAUUGGGGGGCUGCUAGUGGCCAUCGCGGUAGAGCACUGGAACCUGCACAAGCGCAUCGCCUUGAGGGUCCUUCUGAUACUCGGGGUCAGGCCUGCUUUGCUUCUGAUGGGCUUCAUGGGGGUCACCGCUUUCCUCUCCAUGUGGAUCACCAACACGGCCACCACUGCCAUGAUGGUCCCCAUUGCACAAGCCGUCCUGCAGCAGCUGCACAAGACGGAGCAAGAGAGAAACACUGCUGAGCCAGAGUCCAACAAGAAUGAGACCGUCGAUCGAGCACACACUGAGCAAGCGCCGGUCAAAAACGGGACCGUCAAUGGAGGGUUUGAGUUGCAGGAAACAACUCUUCCGCCAGACCAAAGGCCUUUGCCAGCCCUCAGCUGUCAUCCCAGGCUGGCUCAGCCAAUCUUCUCCCUGGCUUUCUCCACAGCUUACGAAAGCCCGGUGACCAUGAGAAAAGAGGCGGAGCCAGUCAACCAAGAUCAGCUGGAAAAGAAGCAUCAGGCUUUUUGCAAAGGAAUGAGCCUCGCGGUGUGUUACUCGGCCAGCAUCGGUGGGAUUUCAACCCUAACAGGCACCACCCCCAACCUGGUGUUGAAGGGGCAGAUGGAUGACCUGUUUCCUGACAAUAACAACGUGUUGAACUUUGCCUCCUGGUUCAGUUUUGCUUUCCCGACCAUGGUUGUGCUUCUGGUCCUCUCCUGGCUUUGGAUGUUUCUGCUGUUCCUUGGCUUUGAUUUCCGGAAGAACUUUGGCUGCGGCGUAACUGAGUCGGAGAAAUCGAGGUUGAAAGAGGCCUAUGAUGUAAUCAGAAACGAGCACCGGGCACUGGGCCCAAUGAAAUUCUCUGAGAUUGUUGUCCUCGUCCUUUUCGUUGCCCUGGUGUUGCUUUGGUUUACCAGGGAACCUGGUUUCAUGCCAGGCUGGGCAAAUGCCGCCUUUUCUGUAGGCAAGGAAAGCUACGUCACAGAUGCUACCGUGGUCAUCUUCAUCUCUCUGCUGAUGUUCCUGAUUCCCUCUGAGUUGCCCAGGUGUUAUUGCCGAGGCCGAGGCCGGCAAGGAG